AGACCGGAGUAGAAACACAAAUUUUUCUUAAAUUCAUUAUGAAUCAAUAGGAAACUUCUAUUUAGAAGUUUAAAAAAAUUCACCUGUUUUAAUGUAAUUGCUUAACACGUGGCACAAGAACAAAGUUUUGGUUACGUUUGGACGCGAUAUUUUGGCAGCAGAUCUGUUUCAAGACCGGAGCCGGUCCUGACAAGUUAGGUUAAGUGUCAUGAUCAAUUUGCAACCGUGUCAGGACAGUUUUCAGGUUCUUCAUGGCAAUCAUAAUGAGAUAUUACAACCUCAAGAGGUUUUUUAUGUACCAUGGCAGUCAAAAGAAGAACAAGACAUUCAACAAAGCAAUGCACAUGAAAUAGAUAAUAUAGAUUCAAUCAUUGUUAUCGAGAACAUAUUUCAUGACACCUCUACUGAAAAUAUAAAUGUUACUGUUUUACCAUGCCAAAAUGACAAUGACUUGGAUGCAACUACCUAUCCAUUUGGAUCGUCAUAUUCUUUUCAAGACAAUAAUAGAUACGACAGCAUUCAUGCACGAAAUUCAUGUCAGACGUUUAAUGCUACAAAUGACUGCAUUCAUGCACAAAAUUCAUCACAGACUGUUAAUGCUUCAUGUCUACCAGUUCAACAAUUAUUCCAGAAUAACAAUGAAUUGGAUGAAAGUACCUAUCCAGUUGGAUCCUCAGUUUCUUUACACGACAACAAUAGCAACAACUGCAUUCAUGCACAAAAUUCGUUACAAACUGUUAAUGCUACAUGUCUACCAAAUAAGAAACCGAACUUCAGGAAAUGCGCUGCAAAGGAUUGCCAAUCUGCAGGACGUCAUCUAUUUACUUUUCCAUCAAUUAUGAGGAAUGAGCAAUUCAUACAUGACAAUUUUAUCAGAUGCAAGCAGUGGGUCCAAAAUGCAGGCAAUGUUAAAUUACUGGAAAUGCCAGCUUCUAAUCUUCACAAUAGACAUUGGCUGUGCUCUGAUCAUUUCGAAGAUGAUCAAUUUUCUAACAAGAUGAAAAAACGACUGAAACCUGAUGCUAUACCUACUGUUUUUAUGUCCUUGCCUUUGACACGAGAAAACAUGCUCCUUUUUCGUGACCAUGGUAGAGACAAUUUACAAACAGAUAUGCAUCAAGAUAAUGACAAUGAUAAUGUACUGAAUGUACAACAAGAUAUGACCAACAAAAAUUCACAUCAGAAGUUUAACAACAGUGUGACCAUCAUCAGCAUGGAACAAAUAUUCUGUGGAUCUCCUACUUCAGAAGAAACAACUCAACUUGAUGGAACCAGCUAUUCUGAUAAUUCUCCAUUAUGUCCUACUUCAGAAGAUACAAUUCAGAUUGAUGGAACCAGCUAUUCUGAUAAUCAUCCAUCAUGUUCUCAAGAUGUGAUUACACACAAAUUGAUUCAAUCACCAGAUCGACCAGACAUUGUUAAAACAAAUAUAUUACCAGUUAAAAAACGUGACUACAGGAAAUGUUCUGCAAAAGAAUGCCAUUCUUCAGGGGUUUCUCUUUUUAGUUUUCCUACAAUUAUGAAAAAUGAGCAAGUCAUAGAAGAAAAUCUAUCCAGAUGCAGGCAAUGGGUCCAAAAUACAGGCAAUGAUAAAUUAUUAGAAAUACCAUCUUAUGAUCUGUACAAGAGACACUGGCUGUGCUCUGAUCACUUUGAGGAACAACAAUUUCACAACAAGAUGAAAAAACGACUCAAACCUGAUGCUAUACCUACUAUUUUUAAUUCAUUGCCUCUAACAACUGAGAAAAUGCUCCUUUUCCCUGUCCAAGGUAGAAGAAAUUUACACACAGAAAUGUAUCAAGAUAAUGAACAUGAUGUUGAUGUAAAUGGAAAUAAUCUGGAUGCAUACCAGAAACAGUUUGAACAAGCCAUGUUAUCAUGUGAAUGGAGAUCAUGCAACAAAUGUAAAGCUAAAUUUAUGACCCAGAAAGAUAGUAAACAGAAAUGUGUUUAUUCUGCACCAACUUGCAACAAAUUCGCAGAAUUAGAUCUAGAUCAAAAAGUACCUGAAGAACUGCAAUGCCUAACAUAUAUAGAAGAACAACUCAUCGCUAAAAUACAUCCAAUUGUUUCUGUUGUCAAACUCAAAGGGCAUCAGCUUGGCUAUAAAGGAAAUAUCAUCAAUUACCCUCAAGAUGUCAAAACGUUUGCAGAAAAACUCCCACACAAAGUCACUGAUUUGUCGUGUGUGCUUACAAUAAGAGCAUCAAAAGGCCUCAAACCUGUGGAUUUUCAAGUAAGAGCUAAGGUGGUCAGAAACGCGUUACUUUGGUUGAAGGACAACAAUUUUUAUUAUAAAGACAUUGAGAUAUCUGACACCAACUUGGCCUUAUUACCUGAUGAUGGAAAUGUAUUCGAUUUAGUUCAAGGAAUUGAAUUUAACACAGAUGAAGAACCUGCACAUGCAUCAUUGCCAAAUACUAUCCCACCAGAAGAGAAUAUCGAACAGGAAGAUGAAAUUUAUGAAUCUGGAAGCCCAAUAAUGGUGAAAGCUGCAAGCGCAGAUCAAAUAAAUUCGUUACUGUCAUGGCCGAGCAUAAGUGACAAACCAAUUAAUGAAUUUGAGCAUGACUCCUACAUAGUGCAGGCAUUCCCAUGCCUAUUCCCAACCGGCAGGGGUCGUUUAAAAUUUGGAAAAAACCAAUCCAUCAGUGCCUUGAACUACUUCAAACAUUUGAUGAGAUAUUGUGAUGACAGGUUUGCACAACACAACCGUUUCCGCUACUUUGCUCUCAAUACCUACAUGCGUUGGUCUGCAUUGAAGAAUGGUAAUUUGUUCAUAAAGACGCAGCCUCAAUUGCAGAACAUGACUCUGACACAACUAAAAGAAGAAUUAGAAAAAAAUCCUGCAAUGAUAAAAAAAAUCAUGUACAGGAACUCAAGCAUUUCUGGGACAAACUCUUAUUGGUUUGCCAGAGGCAAGGAACUAUUAUCCAUGGUUGAACAGUUGGGACUUCCAACAUUGUUUUUCACACUUAGUGCAGCAGACCUGCACUGGCCAGAUCUUUUCAGAAUGCUUGCACCUGAUGAGGACUUCAACACAAUGAGUGACUAUAGAAGACGCCAAUUAGUAAAAGCAAAUCCUUUGGCAGUGGAUUCUUAUUUUCUAAAAAGAGCUGAAACUUUUAUAAAUGACGUGUUAGUAAAAAAAUUUAACGUAAAAGAUUUUUGGUACAGGGUCGAAUACCAACACAGAGGAAGCCCACAUAUCCAUGGCAUAUUUUGGAUCGAAAAUGCUCCAGAUGUCACCAACAUAUUGCAAAAAACUGAAGAGGAGCAACAAGAAAUAAUACAGUAUUUCAAUGACCUUGUGACAGCUUUCCAUCCCAAUCAAGACCAACCACCAGGAAACAUCCAUCCCUGCAGAAAACUGCUAUCAGAAGUACAAGACCUCGAUCAAGAUCUAGCAGAACUUUUGAACAAAGUGCAAAGGCACACCAUAUGUUCAGAACAAUACUGCAUUAGAAAAUGCAAAAAAACACAUAAGAAAAAAUGUCGUUUCAAAUUUCCACAAGAAGAACAAAAUGAAGCCAAAAUUGGACUAAGCGAAACAGGCAAUGCUGAGUUUAUUCCCAGAAGAAACGAUACUCGUUUGAAUAAAUACAAUCCAUACAUUGCUCAAACAUGGCGCGCCAACACUGAUGUUGCACCUGUAAUUAGCAAACAGGCUUUGAUCAAUUAUUUGGCCAAAUACAUAAGUAAAUCAGAGUACAGAUCAGAUCAUCUUAAAGAACUGAUGCAAAUAAUUAACUCAGCAAGUGACAGAAACAAAAAUGCAAAGAGUGCUGUUCAAUCGCUUUACAUAAAAGCAUGCUCUGAACGAGAUUUUUCGGCACAAGAAACCUGUCACCUCCUGAUGGGAUUGAAACUAUACUCAAGUGGGAAAAGAGAUUUUGUCACAAUUGGAUUCAGUGAUAAUGAGGAAUGGAGACUGUUACGCAAUAACAAUGAUGCAUCAAGUUUCAUGGAGAAAUACCAGGCAAGAAGUGAAGCUCUUGAUGCAAAAUGUCUCUGGAAUGUUGCCAAAAAUUACAAACUGCCAAACGAGACAAGACGACAGAACAGUGCAAUACUUCAAAUUUUUCCCAAAUAUUCAGCCACUACAACCAACCCCACAGUAAAAGAAAAAUAUUUUAGGCAGCAAGUUCUCCUUUAUGUGCCAUGGCGUGAAGAAAAAGAUUUAAAAAAUGAUGAUACAACUUCAUGGGAAGAAAUAUACAACAAAUAUAUACAGAUAAUAAACCUUAAUGCUGAACAGACCAACCUGUUCGAGCAAAUACAACCAGAAGACGAUGAAUUUGAAACUCAUGAAAUUAACAACCAUUCUCGCCCAGAACAAUGGCAGUUAAUAUCUCAGAUGGGACCUGCUCAAGACAUUCAACAGUCAAGUUUGGGAAACAGAGAAAUAGACAGGAACUACAACUGGCACCAAAGUGCAGAAUCAUAUGAAGAAUAUGGAGGCAUACCUGCACUUUUGACGUUCAUGACUCGGAUGAAAAAAGAAUACAAACCUCCAACCGCCACAAAUAUGCAUGACACUGCUAUAACCUUGACUGAUGACCAACAAAGCAUUCUGAAUGUAGCACAACAGCAGAUUAACACUCUGCUAGACCCCACAUAUGCCACAAAUAUGAACAUACCACAAACAGUUCUCAUCCAAGGAAAAGCAGGCACAGGGAAAAGCUUAGUGAUAGCCAGAAUUGCCAAUUUAAUUUCAUCAACUUUUGGAGAAGGGUCUUGUCUUCUGGUGGGACCAACUGGUGUUUGUGCCCUGAAUAUAAAUGGGUCUACUUUACACAGCAAACUUAAAUUCAAUUUAAGUGAAGAAUAUGCUAAUCUGAAUGGUGACCGCUUGUUUAAAUUCCAACAAGAGAUGAAAGAUGUAAAAUUUAUCAUAAUUGAUGAAUUUAGCAUGGUGGGUUGCGAGAUGUUGUGGAUCAUUGACCAAAGAUUAAGGCAAGGAAAAGACAACCCUUCUGAACCAUUUGGUGGCCUGUUUGUAUUUAUGUUUGGUGACAUAAACCAAUUACCUCCUGUUAUGGACAGUGCUCCUUAUUCAGAUAAUCAAAGCAGUAUGGAAAGAAUUGGAGGCAAGGCAUUGUAUGACAGCAUUCAUAAAGUCUUCAUUUUGAACAACAUACACAGGCAAAGAGACAGAGCUUUCCAAACUAUUUUGAAUAAUAUUGCAUCAGGAAAUGUUACGAUAGAAGAUUAUCAAAUGUUACAAACACGGUUUGAAGAUUGUGUCUAUGCCAAUUCCAAAGAAGAAUUUGCAACCUUUAAGGAUGCCCCACAUUUUUUUUCAACAAAUGCUGAAAAGGACACCUAUAACGAAGAUAAGCUCUUGAACAUGAAAGAUUCACAAACUGGAUUCUCUGUACCAGUAGCAAAAAUCCCAGCAGCAGUAAAAAAUAAUGGCAACAUACAAGAUAAUGAAGAUCACGACCUUUAUUUGUGCAAAGGUGCACAAAUAAUGCUAAGAAAAAAUGUGUGGACAGAAAUGGGUCUUGUCAAUGGUUCAAUUGGAGAGAUAGUGGACAUUAUUUAUGACCCGAACUCCACACCACACGAAGAUCCUCCAAGUGUUCUCAUAUGCACCUUUGAAUCAUACAAUGGUCCAUGUCUAGACCCAAUGAAGAAAACCAUCCCUAUUGUGACAGAAAAAAUAACCCUUACAAAAGAUGACAAUGAUUCAAUCUCCAUAACUCAGUUCCCCAUUAAUCUCAAUUAUGCCUGCACAAUUUAUAAAUCUCAAGGACUCACUGUUAGCAAGGCUUGUGUUGAUUUGGGACCAAAAGAAAUGAAACCUGGACUGACAUAUGUAGCAUUUUCCAGAGCAAAGACUUUGGAAGGUUUGUUACUUAAACCAUUUCCAUUCUCAAGAAUACAAAACUUAAACAAGAGCUUGGCUAUAAAGAAGAGGCAGAACUGGUUAAAUCAUCUCCAAUAGCGUACAUCAUCAAAACGAUCAUUCAAAAGGACCGCCAACCGUAAUAGAAAACCUAAAGGACUAGAAGAACGGACCUACCCACGGCCUUCUACCAACCCAACGACUCCUCCGAUUUAUCCGACCGCUCGACGACCGCACCACGAACACACUGGAGCACACCCUCCUCACGCGACACCCGGCGACCACUGUCUCCGCUUCCGCUUCCGCAUUCAGUAUUGCUGUACCACACCACAACAACCGCCUAUUAACACUCAGCGUUGGAUACGUUAGAAUUGCAGUGUUUCAUCAGUUUCAUCUCAAUCCAUCCGUCAUUCCCGUAACCAAAGAUGUCGGUCAACGACAAUUAUGACCCGUUCCAAGAGGACAGUGAAAUAGACCUAUCCUAUGCAAGACCAAGAGGCCUUGAUACGUUAGACCUGGGAGUGGCGUAUUCACUACUCCGUCUCUUCCCUCAGCAGAGUAAAUUCAAAGACGGAAAUGAAUAUCCAAUGAACACCGUAGUUCAAUAUCUGGAAAACGGACUAAAGUUUCAAACCAUCUUGCCUAAAAAGCAUAACAACAAGUCUGAAAAAUGGUUCACCACAAUGAACAAAUUGAUAGAGAACAAGAUGGGACCUAAAUUGGUUGUUUACGGCAGACCUACAAAAGGAUUUGAAUAUGAACUUCUUCGCCACACACAAGAACCUGACCUUACUAAACUUGAGACUGUGAAAAAUAUUAUGGCAAGAUCCCAGACAACACCCACCAAACGCACUCAAGAAGAGACCCCUCCAAACACGCCAACAAAACAAAUGCGUCAAGAGUAAUUCUUUUGUAAGUAAUAUUUUCAAAUAAGAAAGUUGUCACAUUCAAACCAGCACUGGAAGUCUACCAAUGCAGUAUUUGAAUGAACAAUGCAACUCUCUUAUUUGAAAACAAUUCCAUGUGAUAUUAUGUACCUCACUUGAAUUGCGAAUGAACUUUUAUAGUUUUCAAAUUAGAGAAUUGCAUUGUUCAUUCCAUAUACAGUACUGUUUGUGAUAGACUUCUCGAAUAAGUUACAAAUGUGAUAAGUUUCCAAUCUCAUUUUUCUUAGUACUUAAGGAUUCCUACAUUAUACAAAUUUUAGUAAGUAAUCAUGUUUUUAGAAGUAUUUAGUUCUCUGUUAGUAACAUUUUCAAUUAAGAAAGUUGCCACAUUCAGACAAGCACUGGAAGUCUACCAAUGCAAUAUUUGAAUGAUUAAUACAACUCUCUUAUUUGAAAAUGAUUCCAUGUGAUAUUAUGUACCUCACGUGAAUUGCGACUGAACCCUAAAUUUUCAAAUAAGACUGUUGCAUUCUUCAUUCCUUAUAUAGUGUUGUUUGUGAUAGACUUCUAGAGUAAGUUACAAAUGUGAUAAGUUUUCAAUCUCAUUUAUCAUACUACUUUAAAAUUCCUACAUCAUACAAAUUUUAGUAAGUAAUCAUGUUUUUAUAAGUAUUUAGUUAAUAUCACAUUCUCUGUUAAUAACAUUUUCAAUUAAGAAAGUUGCCACAUUCAGACAAGCACUGGAAGUCCACCAAUGCAAUAUUUGAAUGAAUAAUACAACUCUCUUAUUUGAAAAUGAUUCCAUGUGAUAUUAUGUACCUCACUUGAAUUGCGACUGAACCCUAUGUUUUCAAAUAAGAGAGUUGCAUUGUACAUUCCAUAUACAGUAUUGUUUAUGAUGGACUUCUAGUGAUAAUUUUUCAGUCUGAUUUUUUUUAUUACUUUAAGAUUGCUAUAUCACACAGUUUUUAAUAUGUAAUCACGUUUUUAGAAAUAUUUAAUUAUUAUUACAUUCUCUGUUAGUAACAUUUUCAAAUAAGAAAGUUGCCACAUUCAAACAAGCACUGGACGUCCAACAAUGCAAUUAUUGAUUGAAUAAUACAAUUCUCUUAUUUGAAAACAAUUCCAUGUGAUAUUAUGUACCUCACUUGAAUUGCGACUGAACCCUAUGUUUUCAAAUAAGAGAAUUGCAUUAUUCAUUCCAUAUACAGUAUUCUUGGUGAUGGACUUCUACAAUAACUUAAAUAUGUGAUAGCUUUUCAAUUUGAUUUUUGUUAUUAGUUUAAGAUUGAUAUAUCAAUAAACUUUUUGUCAGUAA